CAUCUGUCGUUUUGAAAACGAAAAGCCUAAGCACAUGCUUGUCAGCGUGGUUUAUAAACUUGUGUUAAAUUUGUGUUAAUUGUGAGUAAUUAUUAAACAAAAUGCCGAAAUCAAAGCGAGAUAAGAAGAUUUCUCUGACCAAAACAAAGAAAAAGGGUCUAGAAUUAAAGCAGCAUAUAAUUGAAGACAUCAGAGAAUCCGCGGAAAAGUAUGCUCGUAUAUUUUUGUUUUCUGUACAAAAUAUGCGCAACAAUAAACUAAAAGAUUUGAGAGCCGAGUGGAUGGACAGUAGAUUUUUCUUUGGAAAAAACAAAAUAAUGGCUCUAGCUUUUGGCAAAUCAGAAGAAUUAGAAGUUUCUGAAGGUGCUCACAAGUUGGCAAAUGCACUCAAAGGACAAUGCGGUUUGCUUUUCACGAAUAGACCUAAAAAGAAGAAACUGCUGGGAAGAGCUUUGGCUACUUUUAAGUUAAAACCGCUUGGAGUUUACACAAAGAAACACGGAUACAAGAAAUUGUCGAAUGACACUGAAAAUGAAAUGGACGUAGACGAAGAAAAAACGUGAAGUGAAUCAGAGUGUAAAAUAUUUUUAAUAAAUAAGUUGUUAGUAAA